CACACUUUAAUUUCAGUAUUAAUAAUGUGAUUUAAAUUAAUUUCCAAGUGUCCUGCGUGUUUAUUAUUUUCUUUUUUUUACCACUUUUUUAUUAAGAUUCCACACAACUACACAUUUCAGUUUUUUAUUUCCUUGUGUAAAUUAUUAGUAAAUUGAAUUUUACGUAAAAUUUUAAUCAUCUCAGUAGUAUGUUCCAACUCCUUUGGAUUUUAUUUACUCUUUCCUCUCACACUACACACAUACCAGCAAAUCCUCAAAUCUCACCCAUUUCAACACUAAUUUUUACCCCUGAAUAUAGCCAGAAUAACUCUUAAACGCCGUAAAACCACACCGCAACGGCACUGUAUAUUACGCUUUAAUUGGUAAAAUUCUGUCAACUCUAUCAAUUCUAUCAACUCUGUCAACUCUGUCAACUCUGUCAACUAAAUGGAAUUGGAAAAUGUGAACUUAUUCAACUCUAAUGACCCACAGGAGAAUCGUCCAGAAUCUCCCUCUGACCAUGCCGAAAACACACAACACAAAAAAACCCCCAAACGAACACAAACCAAUCCCGUCAGGGGAGUGGAGCGAUGGUUGUUGGAGAAUUUGCGGUGUUUGAUACCUGUGGAAAUGCACUCGAUGUACAUAAAUGAGAAUAAUGUUUUAUUUUCGUUUGGUGCCUUGGAGUCGGAGGAGCUUGACCUUGUCAGUGAAACUGAGUUCGUGCACGAAAUUACCAACAACGGGAAACGGUCACUACUCUCCUCCUUUGACACUGUCACUCUUUACACCAACCUAACCUAUCGCAAUGAACCCCAACGCAAACGAAUCUCACUCGAUCAUCUCACCGAUCCCGCCUUCAUUCGUGUGAUAGAGCCGGUUACUGGGAAGUUUAUAUUAUCGAAUUUGAUAAAGUGUGCGUGUCAGCAGUACAAGGGUUUAAAGGGAUACGUUGACUAUGUCAGGAAUAACAUCUUCUCUUUUCCACUCCUUGAAGAACUUAACCGAUUCGCACUCUCACAGAAAAUCGCAUACAAAUCCGCCAGACUCAAGUUAUGGUUUUUGAUGAGGUUGUGUGAGGAGUUGAAGUUGGUGGAGAUUGGCAAGACUUUUAAAAGACUCACCGACGAACACACAAACAUUAACCGAACUGUCCUCGAUAAAAACGCCACUCUACGCUACUUCAAAACUCCAAAUCCCAUCCUCAACACUACACAAUCUACUUGUCAAAUUAGUCAAUCUAGUCAGAUGACACAACUGAGUCAGUUGGACCAGAGUGUGGAGGGAUUUCAAUUUGACAAUUCAUCAGAUUCUAAGCUGAAUUUGUCGGAAUCUAUGCCGAAGCUUUCAGAGUCAAGUUCCAACAUAUCAAUCCCAAAUUCAAAUCCAUUCUACACCAACCAAAGUUUUCCAGAUCCCACCCACAGUCUAGACCCUACGAAUAGUUUAGACCCUACGAAUAGUUUGGAUCCCACCAAUAGUUUGGAUCCCACCAAUAGUCUAGACCACAGUCACAGUUUGGACCCUAGUCACAGUUUGGAUCAUACGAAUAGUUUUGUGGAUGUGAUGUCGAUGAGUUCGUUGCCGGAUUCGAGUUCUGUGGCGUCUGGUAGGAAUCCGAUUGGAUUUACUGCGCUUCAUAUCGGUGAUUUGGAAAUGUCAACGCCCGUCCGCAAAGACCCACUCUUCACAACCAAACACAUCGACAGCUUCGACAGCAAUUUCAUCAAACUCAUUCAUCACACCAAUAACAUACCACAUACUACCGGUGAUACCCCCGUAGGCCAUACUCCUCUAGGAGACACACCACUAUUUGACACCUCAAUAGACAACACAUUGGAUAAUAUGGUGGACAAUACUGCAGAUAACAGUGUGGACAACACUGUAGAUAAUAGUAUGGACAACACGGUAGACACUGGUGUAUCCCACUUUGUGCAGCGGGGACUGGACAAGUUCGUAAAGAAGAAGCAGAGUUUUGUGUAUAAGAACGCGGUGUCUACGGUAUCAGUGCUGGAGGCGGCUUGUAAAUUAUACGGUAAAGGCCCCAAGUGGUCAAAUCCGAAUAAGAAGGAAUUUGACCUGGCCAACAGGGGUAAAAAGUUAGUCUACGUAAAACCCAGUAACUCCGUACGGCAGAAUGAUUUAACAUAUCAAUAUCUCUUACAAUUUGCCUCAGUGCAUCAGAAACUGAACGGUGGAGUUAGACAGGAACACGCAGUUUCCUAUGGUAUCAUAGAACUUAAAAGAGCUACAGUGAAUGAACCUUACUCCUACAGUAUCAACACCGAGCCCUGGAAACUUGAAAAGUACACCAGGAAAUGGACCAAACUCGCAAACGCCAUUAACUUUUCCCCGUGGAUUUUUAAAUAUCACUCGCCAGAGAAUUCUCCAUUGAAUUCGUCAGGUAAUUCGGCAUUGAAUUCGUCAGGAAACUCGGCACAGAAUUCUCCUGUAAACUCACCGUUGAAUUCUAAUUCGCCGGAGAGUUUGAUACGGUUUGACACUUUGGACGUUACGCCGACAAAUGUCAAUCCCACCGCCAUGGAGAACUUAGCCACAAAUCUCGAGAAAAUACAACAAUCCCUAAACGCCACUUUUAACACUUUUAACACUGUAGACAAUGUUAAUACUGUAGACAAUGUUGAUAAGAGUGAGGAUACUACAGUUCCCGAGGACGAGGGUUUUGUAGUUACGAGUUUACAAUUACCCGACAAUACACAUGAGCAAAACCCUGUAAACACUAUCUCCACUAGUGACACAUUAGAUCACUGUGACACUAGUCACAUAGUUGACAAUGGUAACACUAGUGACAUAGUUGACAAUGGUAACACUAGUGACAUAGUUGACAAUGGUAGCAAGAUUGAUAAUCCAGAUGUUCUAGUGGACUCUGUGAAGAGCGAUGAGGUUGAGAAGUUGGGUAAUAUGUUAGGCCAGGGUAAUAAGUUAGGUUUUGUAAAGACAGAAACGCCUCUGAUAGACUUUGAAACCCUCGCUUUCUCCACCACUGAUUUGGAUUCCCCCUCCAAUCAUCUCAACUCCACUAACAUUUCCAAUACUCCUCCUCCUGUAGAUACUGUGGACAAUGGUAAUAUUGCUGCUGUGGAUACUGUGGACAAAGUUGAGUCUAAUAGUCAGAAUACUACAGAUACUACUGUUGCUGAGGAUACUCCCGCAGGAGAUACCACCACCAACACUACUAACCCUGUAAACAUUACUAACCCUGUAACUACUACUAACCCUGUAAAUACUACACUACCUGUAACUACUACUAACCCUGUAAACACUGUUAACGCGGUAAACACUACUAUACGGGUUGGUAAUGUGGACAAGAGGUCGGGUGGUCAGAUGAAGUUGACGGAGUUGUUUAAGUAUGUGUAUGACAAGAUAAGUAAGGCGAAGCAGUUGCCGGAGUGUCCGGAGUUAUUUAACGUGAAGGCUCAGGUCCGGAGAGAACUUGAAAGCUUUACCAAACUCGACCAGGAAUCGAGAAUUCACACCAAAAGAAAAAUUCUCGACGAAGAAUUCACCGAACCAAUCCCCGAAAAUUACGUUAAAAUACAAAAAAUCAAACAUCACACACAACAAUACACUCCUAAUCCCCCAGUCACUCCUAACACUAUGGACACUCCUAACACUAUGGACACUGUUGACACUAUGGACACUGUUGACAAAGUUGACAGAGUUCACAAAGUAGAACACACUGUAGAUGUGGACAGAGUAGAACACAGUGAAGAUGUUCCGCAAAGUGUUAAUAAAUCUGCGGUGAAUAAAAUAAGUAGGCGCAAUCGCCUAAUGAGGAUGCGUGAGAUAAUGAAGAGUAUGAUAGAGUUUGAGGCGGUGGAGAGUGAGGAUGAGAAUUUAUCAGACCCUGAGGAGAUCAAGCGGUCACUUCAGCUACUGAAGGAACGGUUAAUGAACCCGUCCGAGAGUGAGAGUGAGCCUGAGAGUGAAACUGAGAUCGCUCGCGAGAUGCAGGACUUCAUAGGCGAAGUUGAAAUCAACGAGGAGGAUGAGGAAAUUGCACGCCAAAGGUUCUAUGAAGACUUGAGAUUACAGGAGGAAGCUGAACUUGCCAAACUGAUGACAUUUAAGGAGAAGGGAGAGAAGGAACUAACCCGCCGUGAGGAACGGCUGAAACUCCUCAUGAAGCUCAAAAACGCCAAGAAAACCGACGAGUUCCACUUGAGCGAUUUUGAAUCUUCCGAUGAAGACACUGAGGUCCACAGGAAACACAGAGUCAAAGUUACCAGGGAACAUAUCGACAAAUUACUUAAGCUUAAACAUCAAAAAUUGACAAAAGACGAACACCUCGAACAAUUCAUCGAUUUCAAACUAACUCAAGCCAAUAUUAGUAUUCCAAGUGUUGAUAGGAUAAGUGUGAGUACGAAUCACGUGGAGUUACCGAGGAGCAUGGUGGAGCCUGAGAGUGCCACCAAAAUCAAGAGCAGACGUGACUUGAUCGACAACAUGUUCAACGAAGGAUUCGACUCCAUCUUCUCCAACAUCGAUCACUACAAAUCAGACUCCACUCCAUCCUCCAACUCACACGUAAACUCACUCAGUGUUAACUCACACGUAAACUCACACAAUCCCAAUAUGAUUGGUGUGAAUCCCUUUGGAACUCCGAAUCGUGCUCUGGAAAAUUCGUUUUCAAAGUCACCGAAGAAGUCUGCACUCGUUAUGAAAUCUUUCCGAUGGGAUCAUUCUCAAGCCAAACCCGGUAACGCCACUACUGUUAGGAACUUCAGAGGAUUUACGGGAUUCCAUAAUAUCCCAAACUCCUUCAAUAAACCAAACAAAUAACCUAUUACUCUAUACUAUCUAAUGUUCUAUCCUAUA